AUGAUUGCGAACAAGUCCCUUGCGCACGCUGGGCAAGAUACCGUGGGAGAACGGCGCAGCUGGAUCGCCUUGGCCUUGGAUGUACCUAGCUACAUGUUUACAGCACUGGAAGACUUGCUGGCCCUGUCGUGGGUGCAGCUGCAAGGGCGGGAGGUUACAGGUAAAGUGUUGAGCGGUUAUCGACUGACUGGGCGCCCAAAGUGA